CCUUCGUCAAAAAGGAAAAAAAAAAAAACUCCGUCUCCCCGAAGGCCCGAGCCCCGCCGCCGGCCCCGUCCUCGUCCUCGUCCUCCCCGACUCCCCGUCCCCAUCUAGCACGCUUCCGGUUCCGGGUCCUCCCGCCUCGCCGUCUCCGGCGCCCUCUCCGUCAGCGGGCAGCCUCCAUUGCGCUGGCGUCCUCUCCGUCCUCCCCAUCCGCAGUUCCGCACCCAGGAGUCCUCUGUUCAACACCGAACGCAGAUCCUAUUUAACCCAGAUCCCGACCACGCUAUCGCCGCACCGCGCCAGCGCCGCCGCCGCAGCCAUGGUGUACGUGGAUUCGUGGGACGAGUUCGUGGAGCGCUCCGUGCAGCUCUUCCGCGCCAACCCCAGCGCCACCCGCUAUGUGAUGAAGUACAGGCACUGCGAGGGGAAGCUCGUGCUCAAGGUCACCGACGACCGUGAGUGCUUGAAGUUCAAGACAGAUCAAGCUCAGGAUGCAAAGAAGAUGGAGAAGCUCAACAACAUCUUUUUUGCUCUCAUGACUCGUGGGCCUGAUGCUGAUAUCAGCGAAGUUACAGGGAAGGAACAGGCAGAGCAACAGCAAUCCAAGAAAGGACGUGGCAGGAGGCAGUGAUGCAUGCCUUGCUUCUUGUUUCCUUCGGAAAAUUCACAACUAGGAUGGUGGAUUGACGUGUCAUUUGACUCUUGUGCCUACAGCGGUACUCGAGGAAUUUUGAACGAUCUUGGAUAUUUUCCAGUACAGAACCAAAAUAUCAUGCUGAAUCUAUCAUGAAUUCAUGAUCAAAGAAACACUCAAUCCUAGAUCACUUUUUUCGCACAUGCGGCGUUUGUCUUCUUGUUUCCCCAUUGUGGGGGAAUAUGACAGGAUAAUCUGCCUGAUCAUAAUCUUAUCUUGUUUUUUGAACUUAAAUAAUCUUAUCUUGUGUAC